UCUGGUCGCCUGCAGCCUGCUGCAGUACAGCCUGCAAGUAGUCUCCGUCAUGUUCGCCGGCCACCUCGGCGAGCUCUCCCUCUCCGGCGCCUCCGUCGCCUCCUCCUUCGCCAACGUCACCGGCUUCAGCGUCCUGCUGGGAAUGGGAAGCGCGCUGGACACACUGUGUGGGCAAUCAUACGGAGCAAAGCAGUACGACAUGCUCGGGACACAUGCCCAGAGGGCAAUCUUCGUCCUCAUGCUCGCAAGCGUUCCGCUGGCCUUCGUCUUGGCCUUCACCGGCCAAAUCCUCGUUGCUCUCGGUCAGAAUCCAGAGAUAUCAUACGAAGCUGGAGCCUACGCCCGGCUGUUGAUCCCUGGUCUUUUCGCGUACGGCUUGCUUCAGUGCCUUACAAAGUUCCUGCAGGCCCAAAGCAUCGUCAACCCGCUGGUGGUUUGUUCUGGAGUGACAUUGGUAUUCCACAUUCUGCUCUGCUGGUUCCUUGUUCAGAAUUCCGGUCUUGCCAGCAGAGGUGCGGCUUUGGCGACCUCGAUAUCUUAUUGGUUCAAUGUGGUAUUGCUGGGGAUGUAUGUGAAAUUCUCUGAAGCUGGGGGAAGGAGCUGGCAUGGAUGGUCAAGGGCGGUGCUAAAGGAUGUCAACAUGUAUUUGAGCCUGGCCAUUCCAUCUACAUUUAUGACCUGCUUGGAGUACUGGGCAUUUGAGAUGGUGGUUCUCCUUGCAGGUUUUCUACCAAAUCCAAAACUGGAAACUUCAAUUUUAUCCAUCAGCCUAAACACAAUGUGGAUGGUUUAUACAAUUCCAAGUGGUCUCAGCAGUGCGAUAAGUAUUAGAGUGUCCAAUGAAUUAGGCGCGGGGAAUCCACAAGCUGCACGGCUAUCGAUUCUUAUUUCAGGAAUUAUGUGCCUAGUAGAAGGCCUUCUUGUAGUCAUCAUCACAAUUUGUGUACGUGAUGUCUGGGGUUACCUGUACAGCAAUGAAGAAGAGGUGGCAAAGUAUGUAUCCAUAAUGAUGCCAAUUCUUGCUACUUCUAACUUCAUGGAUGGCCUACAAUGCACGCUAUCAGGUAUGGCGUAG